AGGAAAUUAAAGCACCAUCUCCAGCCUCUGAUUCAUCUUCUAGUAGUGACAGCGAGGAUGAAGCAACAAUGCACAUAAAGACACAAGGACAAGGGGAUGUCCAUUUGUCAAGGCUCCCAGUGAAAGUGUCUCCAACAGUAAGUCAUGGCCCAGGAACACAAUGGCCUACCGUGGAUCUUCGGCAUAUUCCUCACGUCAAGAGGCGUCUAGAUAUCAAACCAGCACAACCACGUUCUGUCCAUAACCCAGAAAAACAGUGGCCUGCCAUAAAUUUGGGGCAUACUACAAGCAUCAAGAGGAGUCAGGAUAUCAAAGCACCAUCUCCAGCCUCUGAUUCAUCUUCUAGUAGUGACAGCGAGGAUGAAACAACAAUGCACAUAAAGACACAAGGACAUGGGGAUGUCCAUUUGUCAAGGCUCCCAGUGAAAGUGUCUCCAACAGUAGGUCAUGGCCCAGGAACACAAUGGCCUACCGUGGAUCUUCAGCAUAUUCCUCACGUCAAGAGGCGUCUAGAUAUCAAACCAGUACAACCACGUUCUGUCCAUAACCCAGAAAAACAGUGGCCUAACAUGGAUUUGGGGCAUGCUACAAGCAUCAAGAAGAGUCAGGAUAUCAAAGCACCAUCUUCAGCCUCUGAUUCAUCUUCUAGUAGUGACAGUGAGGAUGAAACAACAAUGCAUGUAAAGCCACAUGGACAAGGUGAUGUCCAUUUGUCAAGGCUCCCAGUGAAAGUGUCUCCAACAGUAAGUCAUGGCCCGGGAACACAAUGGCCUACCGUGGAUCUUCGACAUAUUCCUCACAUCAAGAGGCGUCUAGAUAUCAAACCAGCACGACCACGUUCUGUCCAUAACCCAGAAAAACAGUGGCCUGCCAUAAAUUUGGGGCAUACUACAAGCAUCAAGAGGAGUCAGGAAAUCAAAGCACCAUCUCCAGCCUCUGAUUCAUCUUCUAGUAGUGACAGUGAGGAUGAAACAACAAUGCAUGUAAAGACACAUGUACAAGGGGAUGUCCAUUUGUCAAGGGCUCCAGUACAAGUGUCACCAACAGUAAGUCAUGGCCUGGGAACCCAAUGGCCUACCGUGGAUCUUCGGCAUAUUCCUCACGUCAAGAGGCGUCUAGAUAUCAAACCAGCACGACCACAUUCUGUCCGUAAUCCAGAGACACAGUGGCCUACCAUUGAUCUUCAGCAUACUACAAGCAUCAAGAGGAGUCAGGAAAUUAAAGCACAAUCAUCAGCCUCUGAUUCAUCUUCUAGUAGUGACAGUGAGGAUGACACAACAAUGCAUGUAAAGACACAGGGACAAGGGGAUGUCCAUUUGUCAAAGACUCCAGUACAAGUGUCUCCAACAGUAAGUCAUGGCCCAGGAACACAAUGGCCUACCGUGGAUCUUCAGCAUAUUCCCCGGAUCAAGAGGCGUCUAGAUAUCAAACCAGCACCACCACGUUCUGUCCGUAAUCCAGAGACACAGUGGCCUACCAUGAAUCUUCAGCAUACUACAAGCAUCAAGAGGAGUCAGGAUAUCAAAGCACCAUCUCCAGCCUCUGACUCAUCUUCUAGUAGUGACAGCGAGGAAGAAACAACAAUGGACAUAAAGACACAGGGACAAGGUGAUGUCCAUUUGUCAAGGCUCCCAGUGAAAGUGUCUCCAACAUUAAGUCAUGGCCCAGGAACACAAUGGCCUACCGUGGAUCUUCAGCAUAUUCCUCACAUCAAGAGGCGUCUAGAUAUCAAACCAGCACGACCACGUUCUGUCCAUAACCCAGAAAAACAGUGGCCUGCCAUAAAUUUGGGGCAUACUACAAGCAUCAAGAGGAGUCAGGAUAUCAAAGCACCAUCUUCAGCCUCUGACUCAUCUUUUAGUAGUGACAGCGAGGAUGAAACAACAAUGCAUGUAAAGACACAGGGACAUGGGGAUGUUCACAUUUCAAGACCAGAUACAAAGAGUCACAGCCCAGAUGCACAAUGGCCUACCAUGGAUCUUAAGCAUACUACAAGCAUCAAGAGGAGUCAGGAAAUCAAAGCGCCAUCUUCAGCCUCUGAUUCAUCUUCUAGUAGUGACAGUGAGGAUGAAACAACAAUGUACAUUAAGACACAGGGACAAGGGAAUGUCCAUUUGUCAAGGCUUCCAGUACACGUGUCUCCAACAGUAAGUCAUGACCUGGGAACACAAUGGCCUACCGUGGAUCUUCAGCAUAUUCCUCACAUCAAGAGGCGUCUAGAUAUCAAACCAGCACCAACACGCUCUGUCCAUAACCCAGAAACACAGUGGCCUGCCAUGAAUCUUGGGCAUACUACAAGCAUCAAGAGGAGUCAGGAUAUCAAAGCACCAUCUCCAGCCUCUGAUUCAUCUUCAAGUAGUGACAGCGAGGAUGGAACCAUAAGAUAUGUGAAGACACAAGAACACAUACCAAGGCUUCCGGUUAAAGUAUCUCCAAGCACAAGCAAUAAAGCAGAAACACAGUGGCCUAACAUGGAUCUUCAUCAUACUACAAGCAUCAAGAGGAGUCAGGAAAUCAAAGUGCCAUCUCCAGCCUCUGAUUCAUCUUCUAGUAGUGACAGUGAGGAUGAAACAACAAUGCACAUAAAGACACAGGGACAAGGGAAUGUCCAUUUGUCAAGGCUUCCAGUACAAGUGUCUCCAACAGUAGGUCAUGACCUGGGAACACAAUGGCCUACCGUGGAUCUUCAGCAUAUUCCUCACAUCAAGAGGCGUCUAGAUAUCAAACCAGCACCAACACGCUCUGUCCAUAACCCAGAAAUACAGUGGCCUGCCAUGAAUCUUGGGCAUACUACAAGCAUCAAGAGGAGUCAGGAUAUCAAAGCACCAUCUCCAGCCUCUGAUUCAUCUUCUAGUAGUGACAGCGAGGAUGAAACAACAAUGCACGUAAAGACACAGGGACAAGGGGGUGUUCACAUUUCAAGACCAGAUACAAAGAGUCACAGCCCAGGUACACAAUGGCCUACCAUGGAACUUAAGCAUACUACAAGCAUCAAGAGGAGUCAGGAAAUCAAAGCGCCAUCUUCAGCCUCUGAUUCAUCUUCUAGUAGUGACAAUGAGGAUGAAACCAUAAGAUAUGUGAAGACACAAGAACACAUACCAAGGCUUCCUGUUAAAGUAUCUCCAACCACAAGCCAUAAAGCAGAAACACAGUGGCCUAACAUGGAUCUUCAGUAUACUACAAGCAUCAAGAGGAGUCAGGAUAUCAAAGCACCAUCUUCAGCCUCUGGUUCAUCUUCUAGUAGUGACAGUGAUAGUGAGGAUAAGAAUGAGGACCACAAAUCUAAAAUAGAAAACAAAUUUGUACAGCCUCAAAAUGUCCCAAUCAACAUUCCUCAUAGUCCAAAAACAGAGCAGAAUAUCAAAUUAGAAAAAUAUACAGUUCUGUCAGAUGACUUGGAAAACAAACCAAGAACUAACAACAUCCAUGAUACAUCUGAGAUAAAUUCAGAGCUGCAGAAUCGCUGGGCCACAAUGAAUCUUGGUAUUUCCCGCUUCAGAAAGCGCCUUGAAAUUUCUUCACCAACACAUGAGACUUCCUUAUCACCACCCAACUCUCCCAUCAGUGAAAGUCCAGCUGGAAGGAAAAGCAGCACGAGACUAAAGAGAAGGGGUGACGGAAUCAGUGAAAAGGCUCACGCCUCACUGUCUGAUUCCUCCUCCAGCAGCAGCAGCGAGGAUGAGAUAGACCACAGAGUUCCAGACCUAAGUCUUGGUGUCCCUCGUCUUAAAAGGCGUCUCGAUAUCAAGGCACCGUCACCAGAGCCAAGUAAUUCCCCAUCCUCUUCCAGUGAGAGUGACGAUAAUGCGACAGGAUACACUACAACAAAAAGCACACAUGCAUCACACAUGUCAAGAAUCACAGAUUAUGACUCUCCAAUCACAUACAAGCGUUUAAUAAUCAAAACUUCAUCAGCCCCUGAGAGUUAUGUCUACCCCAGCAGCAAGAUUGUUGCACAAGAACACGAGGGAGAACAAAAUGCAUCUGUUUCCUCAAAGAGAGUUCGCAGUAUGGGCUUACACAAUAUAAUAAAGAGAAAGAUUGGGCGUGACACUGUGGACCUACCACCCGAGAUAAAGUGGACUGGUCAUCAUCUACCUGACCUCUCUAUCUCCACUCCAAGAAGUCUGAAUGCCAGUAGCAGUGUUGACAACUCACCCGGCAGUGCAUACACUAUUCCACAGCUUCUAUCCGAGGAGAGAAGGGAAAGGAAAGGUCUCAGUGCCAUAAAAGCCAUAUCAACAGAGAGACAAAACUGGGAUACUGAAGAUUUACAUGCAAGUGCAUCUCCUUUAUUCAAUCACCGUGAUCUACAAGAUGACACUCAUUAUCGCAGAUCUGAGGCAAAUAUCACACCACUGUCGAAACUGCCAUCUGCAGCUCCGGUAGAAGAAGCUACGGAUUUUAUGUAUGGUAUUCCCAGCUACAGGAGGCAUGCUGUUAGAAAUAUUGAGCUGUUGAAAGAGGCCCCACCUCCGGUUCCAUCGACACCACCACCAGAUGAGACGGAGGAGCUCACAUGGAGAUCUCUUUAGAGCAGUAAAAAGUAAGAGUGAGAUGAUAACAAGUCCUUUCAGCAGCAAAGAAGAAACACCAAGGAAUCUGAUCCUUCUUUGCUCUACUUCAAACUCUGACUCUUAAAACGUGAUCAGUAAUGUUUUAAUAUCUCUUCAUCCCAUAUACGUUCAAACAAGCAAAUAAUUAGCCUUAUGCUGUGAUCUUAAAGUGGACAAUGAAUACAAUUUAUGUGUUGUACAUUAUGUACUUUUUUUAGUUUUACACAUGAAAUUAAAUGUAUACUCUGGUAAUUUACUGCGUGGAGCUUUUGUAGAGAAAUGCUGAACACUAUUAAAUAAGAACAUUAUCUUAUUUCUGAAAUAAUUUUUCUAAAGGUGUCUUCCUGUUAAUAACUUAACAAUUAAGGAAGUUGUUAAUAGACUAAUUUAAAGACUUUAAUAAGACUGUGUUCUGAUAUAAUGACAGACUGAACAAAGGGAAUGAUGUCUUCAGAACAAACUAUUAACCAAAGAGCCCAAAUAUAAGCCAGUAAGUUAAUAAACCUUUUUAUUUAUGUAUAUAGACAUAGGUUAUAGUGAAAACAGACAUAUAGACACUUAACAUAGUUUACAUACAUAUAUACAGUUGGGACAAGGCUGUUCAUCCUCCUGCAUUAUCAUGGGAGAAUACUAGAACACUGAUCUCUACACAGUUUUUGGUAAGCAAUCCAACAACUAAUUCAAUCUUAUGCUGAUGGUUGAUGCAUUGUAAUGACAAUAGAUGUUGUUUUCACCUGCAGUAGAUUUCACUGAAGGUUGACGUGUAUUAUGUUCUGAACAAAUUUCAAUGAGUAUUGUGUGUGUGUGUAUCUUAAACAGAAUGGUGCAAGAGUUGCAAAACAAUUUACUGUAUGCAUUUGCAAUAAAUAAAAUUCUAUCCUGUG